AUUUACAGAUUACCCAUUUGUGUUGUUGCAUUGGUUAUACUGAAGUUGAGACUGACAAGGGGACAGCUUGAGGCCAUUGCCUGGUCGAGUUUUCUGCUGUCGGUGUUGCCUUCACUGUUUGGGAGUUUUCUGACUGUGAAAAUGGUUCAUUGAUUAACACCGGACGGAACAAGGGAGGAGAGCAAGGACCAAGUGGCCGGGGCGACCUAGAAAACUAACUGGUGUCUGAACGAACAUUACCGAUAGGCAUGUGGGAAGCUCGGUAACGUUAACGUUAAUCAACCGGAUUGUAAGUUAAAGAAAACACAGAGGAAAAGCAACGAAGACCCCAGUCAACAACAAAUCAGCUGCCUCAGGAGGAAAACUACGACUGUCUAGACUGGGCACUAUUUAAUAGGUUAACGUUAAGUAGCGGGUUAAAUAGCCAGAAUGGGGAAGUCGCGGCAUUACGGAUCUUGAUCAUUGCGGCUGUCUCACACAACAAUAGGCAGCAAGCUAACAGCAAAGGUAGCCAGCUAGCUAUCUUUACACUACGUCAUCGCCGUGUCUACCAGAGAAAGAAUUGGUGGCUAUGCUAGCUUAAUUGUAUGGAGACGGCGAUAGGGUUGUUGCAGUAUUAGCUUGCCAAGGCAGACUAUAGUGUUAGAGGUGUAUAGUCCACCGGUAAAUUGGGAAUAAUGAGAUUUGCAUUAAAUCAUCAGGUACACAGGGAUCAGCUGGCUCCUUAAAUCGUGUUUGCCUUGGAGACGGGAGGUGGUACGAGUCAGACCCUUGAGCAUCAACUUUAUUUUAGGGCCAGCGAAAAUAGCUAACAAUAUGAAUUAGCUAGCUAAGGCUAGAUUUAUUCCACUGGUUUUUAGUUGACAUUUGUGGCUUGUUAAGGGACCACGACCAGGCAUGUCCCUUUUAACGUUUCUGCUUCAGACAUUUGCCUAAGUUUGAUAGUCAGAUACACUGUAUCUUUCACAACAAAACACAGUGUGUUGUGAAAGACCAGAAAACGGAGCCGAGUCUUGGCACGCGCCUAAUACAGCACAAGAAAGACUUCUUCACCGCUUGCGAAUAUCGGUUUACCCCCCCCCCCCCCCCAUUCUAUAUAAUUUUAAUAACAAACAUUAUGGCAGCCGUCGUGAACUAUUCUCCUCCUUGGUGGGUUAAUUUGCUGCACCGAAUUCCUCACUUCAAUCUACAGUUUGAGCAAACUAGCAGCGAUUUUCGUCCCGAGGACUCCUCAUACCAACAGGCCAUCCUGCUGGUGGGAGGAGUGGCACUGGCAUGCCUGGCGCUGGACCUCAUCUUCCUGCUCUUCUACUCCUUCUGGCUCUGCUGCCGGCGCAAGAAGACCGAGGAGACGUCCAGCGCUGACUGCUGCUGCACCGCGUGGUGUGUUAUCAUCGCCACUCUCGUCUGCAGUGCUGGCAUAGCAGUUGGUUUCUACGGAAACGGUGAGACUUGUGAUGGGGUGAAUAGGCUGACGUACUCUCUGCGCCAUGCCAACCGCACCGUGUCGGGAGUGCGGAGACUGGUAUUUGACAGCACUGGGGCCCUGAACCAGACGGUGGAUGACAACCUGCAGCAGCUGGAGGAGCGCUACAGCAAGCACACAGACUACGUGGCCAUCGUGCAGAAGCUCCAGGGCCAGCUGGCUGAGCUGGUCAGGCAGGUGGGGGAGGUCCCCUUCUGGGCCAACCCCCGCAUCUCCCUGGAGGAGCUGGCUGUCCGCAUUGAGCUCUAUGAUUGGUACAGAUGGCUGGGCUACCUCAGCCUACUGCUCUUUGAUGUGCUCAUCUGUCUCCUGGUGCUCUUUGGCCUCAUCCGCAACUCCAAGAACACCCUGAUAGGAGCGUGUUUACUAGGCGUGUUGGCUCUGGUUAUCAGUUGGGCAUCCCUGGGCCUGGAGUUGGCUGUUUCUGCGGGUUCCAGUGACUUCUGUGCAUCCCCUGACACGUACGUCAUCGAUGUGUCUCAAAAAUAUGGCGUCAUCAACAAAGACAUCCUGCAGUACUACCUGAGCUGCAGCGUGGGCCGGACCAACCCCUUCCAGCAGAAGCUGUCUGGGAGCCAUAAAGCUCUCGUGGAGAUGCAGGAUGACGUGGCAGAGCUGCUGCGCUCUGCCAUUCGCGAGUACCCACAGACCAAGGGUAAUCUGGAGGAGAUCCAAGGAGUGCUGAACACCACUGAGGUUGGCCUGCAUCAGCUCACAGCUCUGGUGGACUGCCGAAGUCUACACAUGGACUACGUGCAGGCGGUGACAGGUGUGUGUUAUGAUGGGCUGGAAGGUCUCAUCUACCUGGUGCUCUUCUCCUUCGUCACAGCGCUCAUGUUCAGCUCCAUCGUCUGCAGCGUGCCGCACACCUGGCAGGGCAAGAAGAAUGAGGAGGACAGUGAGGAUGAGUCUCUGGCCCACAGUGGCAGGCCGAACCAUGACAGCCUGUACCGCGUGCACAUGCCCAGCCUCUACAGCUGUGGGAGCUCCUACGGCAGUGAGACCAGCAUCCCUGCCGCCGCACACACCGUCAGCAACGCACCGGUCACAGAGUACAUGACUCAGAACGCAAACUUCCAGAACCCGCGGUGCGAGAACACCCCUCUCAUUGGCCGAGAGUCCCCGCCCCCCUCUUACACCUCCAGCAUGAGGGCCAAAUACCUUGCCAACAACCGACCAGACUCCACCCCAGACCGCAACUCCGUAGCGCCCUAAACCACACCUGGCAGGAACCACACCUGGCAGGAACCACACCGGGCAGGAACCACACCUGCAAGACCCCUUCAGCUCCUGGAACCCUGGAACCAAACAGACCCCCCCCCCCUCCCCCCUCUCCUUUCUCAGCCUCCAGAGUUCUUUGUCUAGUCCGCCGUUCUCUGCCUCUCUCCCUCAGUCUCUCUCUCAAGCACCGUUCCCACAGUCAGGACCAACUACAGAUGCUUAGCCACUCCAGCCCCCCACCUCCCCCCAGCAGCACCAGCAGACCAGCUCUUCCCCACACCACUGACCCAGACUCAGCCUCCUCGUCUGGGGCAGGGGGGGGUGGGCUCGUGGUGGAGCUGUGUUCGUCUGUGAUGUGUGCCGCAUAAAUAAGCGGAGUUGGCAGAAGGACUCGCUCGCAGGAUGUAAAUACCACCGUUGCCAUAGCGCCAAGGAGCGAGGCGCACUAUGAUGUUUCCAGAUGGCCAGUUUCUACCACAGAGAGAAAAUAAGCCAGCCACCACAGGCAAAAAAAAGUACCGUGUGUGUGUGUGGGGGGGGGGGGUUGUUUGAGUUCCAGUGUAACAUCUCUCUUCUCCUAAGCCUCCUGCCCUCCUCUUGUCUGAUAGCCUACAGAAAGCAAGAGAGGCCUUUAGCCAGUCCAGCCCCCAACUCACACACACACACACUCAGCCCUCUUCCCUCUUCCCUGCCCUUGGUCCGUCUCCUCCAUGGCCAAGCAGAGCCAACCCAGUCCCUGUAGAAUAAAACGUGACAGAAACUGUGACGUGUGUGACGCCAGAGGAACAGAGACUCCACUUAUUGCCGCUGGCAGAUCAGUCAGUUCAGAGGGGUGAACCACAGUAGAGCUCACUCUCUCCAGGACUCUAGUGUGGGGACAAUGGGCAGUGUGUUUGGGAAGCGAAAGGAGGCAUACUGCAAAUUGACUUUUUUAUUUUUAGCUCUCUUUUGUUAUUUUUCAUUUUAAUGAAUCCAUCUUCAGCGUGAAGUGUGAUUUUUAUACGGCUUGUGGGGAUUGGUCAUUAUGGUGUCUGUUCUGAAUUGCUGUUUGAAAACAUCCUAAAAUAGCUUUUUAUAGACCUAUUUUGAAGGAUUACUGCCAUUGCUGUGAAAAAGACUAUUAUUUAGCUCUGAAAGGGAGAGAAGGAGGAGGGGAGAACAAAGACAGACUGAGCAGUGAGAGUGUGUCGCUUGUAUCUCUCACAGACGCCACGGAAGGUGUGGGAGAGGGUUGGAAAGCAGGCUGGGUUUGUAUACACUUUUGGAAAGCCCCACAAAGCCUGCACUUCCCUUGUUCCCAUACACACACACACACACACACAAACUCUUACAGUCACACACUCAAGUGCAGUAGAUAUCCAGUCCCAGGCCCCAGACUCCAGUUAUCCAACAUGCCCUCUGCAGCAGAGGAGGUUGGCCUCUGGCUGAUCCCUCGUCUUGUGCUGUUAGCCAGGCUGCUCACGCACAGUUAAGCCCCUGUGGACUGGAGAUGAUCAUCUCAGCCCCUACAGCACAGACAGCAGCACCAUCUCCUCAGCUCCCCUUUGGCCAGGGAAGCUUCUAGUCCGCUCAGCCCUACUUGGGCCAGAUGCAGGCUGAGCUGGUGAUGUCGCCUCCGCUGGAAAAAGCACUCAUCUUUAAAGGCUCCUAGCAGCUAUUGGACAGAGCUCAUCUUUAAAGGCUCCUAGCAGCUAUUGAACAGAGCUCAUCUUUAAAAGUUAAUAACAGCUAUCAAACAGCAUGUCAUUUGGUGCUAGGUUCUCAUUGGCCAGUGGUUUCUCAAGCCAGUAUAAUAAGUGCUUGGCUUUGAAGGAAGUUUUGUGUUUUAAAUGCCAUCAUCAUCCUCAUCCUUUAAAUGCCAUCAGCGUCCCCAUAGACCGAUUUGAAGAAGAAAGGAGUCCUCCUCAACUGAGGACCGUGUUUGAGCUGAACUGUGUGGUGUGGGGCUGGUCUGCUCUGACUGCGUUGGGCUGAUGUGCUGUGGAGUCGUGGAAGACACGCUGCUCUCUCGGGGAGAGGAGCUCAGCUGAACUCUUCUCCUCUGAUUGACGACCGGCAGCCUUCCCCUACCCUGGAGCCAGGCGCUGGGGGCAUCGGCCUGACUGAUAAUAUGGGACCAAAAGCAACACGGCAACAUCCCACAGCGUUUGUGUCUCAGCGCUUUCUCCUCCUGUGUUUCAUUUGUAUUCCAAUUGUAAGUAAUGAUGGUCUCCCUAAAGAUCUGCAGCGCUGUGUCUCAUCAGACCAUUUUGUUUCGUUUUGUUUUUCCUUCUGAGAAAGCGGAACUGGACGGCCCUCUUGCACCUACUGGACGGCCCCAGACACACAGACACACAUCUGGCUCCUGACCAUAACGGCAUGGCUCAGCCGCUGCUGGAUUAAGAGCAAUGUCGUGUGGCAGCACCGAUGCUCCUACAGAAAAGAUGUCUGUCUGUCUGUCUGUCUGUCUGUCUGUCUCUCUCACACACUUGCACCCAACCCCACGUCCACUUAGACUCUGCUGUGCUGAAGCACACUGUUCAUCAGAUCCUAUGUUCUUGUGUUAGGCAUUUCACGUGAUCAAUGCUUUGCCUAUCAGUCUCUUGUUUUCUCAUGUAAACACACACACACAGAGGCAGAGGUAGGGUGAGCCCUGCAUUGCAUCCCAACCCAUGCCUUCUACUGAAUGUGAAAACCUGCAACAAUAUGAACUCCAAUAUAUGACUUAUACUGAUGUCUAUGUUUUGUCCUAUGAAAUGCAAUAUGGAGUGACCGAUACCUAUAUUUCAUAGUGGAACUGUAUGUGGAAUCAUUAGCUGAGGAGAAUGCCCUGUGAUCCUAGGCAGGUAGGUGCUGGUAACGCAAGUAGUCAACAGGCUGACUCUAUUAGAGCAUGUGAUCUCUUUUUUCAUGCAUAGACACGAGUGG